AUCAAAGAAACACAUAACCAAAAAACUGCAUUCAAUCACCGCCUUUUACCAUGGGAAGUGCUUGUUUUUCCUGGGACGUUUGUUUGUUUUUCGUCCUCAUUAAUACUUGUGAGGUGAUGGGGAAUGUUGGACUCGCAGAUGCCGAUGAGUGCUCUGAAGGCACGGAUGACUGUCACAUUGAUGCUCUCUGCCAGAAUACCCCCAAAUCCUUCAACUGCAUCUGCAAGCCGGGGUACAAGGGAGACGGCAAGCAGUGCGAAGACAUGGACGAGUGUGAGAAUGAGUACAACGGAGGCUGUGUCCACGAGUGUAUCAACAUCCCGGGCAACUACAGGUGCACCUGCUACGACGGAUUCAUGUUGGCCCACGACGGACACAACUGUCUGGACGUGGAUGAGUGUAUGGACAACAAUGGAGGAUGCCAGCAGGUGUGUGUGAACACCAUGGGAAGCUACGAGUGUAUGUGCAAGCAAGGCUUCUUCCUCAGCGACAAUCAGCAUACCUGCAUCCACCGCUCCGACGAUGGAAUGAACUGCAUGAACAAGGACCACGGCUGCGCCCACAUCUGCAGGGAGACCCCCAAGGGGGGCGUGGCUUGCGAGUGCCGGCCCGGGUUCGAGUUGGCAAAGAACCAAAGAGACUGUUCAUUGACGUGUAACUAUGGGAACGGAGGCUGCCAGCACAUGUGUGACGAUACGGAUGUGGGGCCGGUUUGUGGCUGUCACCAGAAGUACGCCCUGCACUCAGACAGCAAGACCUGCAUCGAUCUGUGCUCUGUUGCACCCCGAAAAUGUCGCCCGGAGUUUCAUGAUGACGAUGAGAGAGAUGAGGCUGCAAUUGAGAGCUCUGAGUUCAAUGCCACGUCAAUAGCUGAUGUGGACAAGCGGGUGAAACGGCGGCUUCUUAUGGAAACCUGUGCGGUGAACAAUGGCGGCUGUGACCGGACGUGCAAGGACACGGCUACAGGGGUACGCUGCAGCUGCCCCGUGGGAUUCACCCUGCAGCCAGACGGCAAGACCUGCAAAGACAUAGAUGAAUGCCAGGAGGCGUUCAAUAACGGCGGCUGUGACCAUUUCUGCAAAAACACGGUGGGCUCCUUUGAGUGCAGCUGCCAGAAGGGCCACAAGCUCCUCACUGACGAGCGCACCUGCCAGGAUAUUGACGAGUGUUCCUUUGAGAGGACCUGCGACCACACCUGCGUCAACUACCCUGGCAGCUUCGACUGUGUCUGUCAGGAAGGAUACACUCUGUACGGCCUCACACACUGCGGAGACAUAGAUGAGUGCAGCAUUAACAACGGGAGCUGUGAGCACAGCUGUGUGAACACACAGGGAGGCUAUGAGUGUCUGUGUCCGCCCGGUCAGAAACUCCACUGGAACAAGAAGGACUGCACCGAGGCGGUGAAGUGUUUGCCCAACGGGAAGCCAGUGCCGCGCGCCCAGCUCAGCUGUGACAAGAGAGGCGGGGUGGAGGUGUGCUCACUCUCCUGUCCUUCUAACGCACUCUUCCUCGCAGACUCUGAGAACAGCUACACACUAAGCUGUGGUGUGCCGGUGCAACCUGGGAAGGCACCACAGAAGAGGAACGUCACCACCGCCCUGCUCACCUGUGCAGAUACGUUACCCCCGCCCAUCAAGCAGAAGGCCCGCUUCAAGGUCAAAGAUGCCAAGUGUCACCUGAGACCCAGGAACAAGGAAAAACACAGAGAGACGUCCAAGCCGAGCCUGCAAGGGGGUCCGCUCCCGUGUACUGACGACUGCCAGGUGACCUUUGUCAAUCUGAAGUGUGACUCAUCUAAGAAGCGGCGGCGUGGACGCAAGUCCCCUUCCAAAGAGGUUUCCCACAUCACAGCUGAGUUUGAGAUGGAGAUGAAGGAAGCCUCAGGUCAGUGUGACUGUGCAACCUCAGACUCGUGUAACGUGGAGUGUGUGAGGGAGCGUAUGAAGCAGAGGUUACAGAGUGCUAUGCGGACCCUGAGGAAGUCCAUCAACAAGCAGCAGUUCUACAUCCAGUUCUCUGGUACUGAGUACGAGGUGGCCCAGAAACCUGCACUGCAUGUUGAGCAAUGCAGCACCGGACAGGUCUUACGGGACGGCAAGUGUGUGAGCUGUGGUGUGGGGACGUACUAUAGUGGAGACCAUGAUCAGUGUGUCGUGUGUCCCCCUGGUACAUACCAGGACACAAUGGGUCAGCUGUCCUGUGAACCCUGCCCCAGCACCGAGGGACAGGGCAUCGCUGGGGCCAAGAACGUCUCCCAGUGCGGAGGCCAGUGUCCGGCUGGUCAGUAUUCGUCAGAUGGGUUCCGUCCAUGUAACCCCUGUCCUCUGGGCUCCUUCCAGCCGGAGCCUGGCCGCGUACUCUGCUUCUCCUGUGGAGGUGGCCUCAUGACCAAGUACGAGGGCUCUGUCGCCUUCAGGGACUGUGAGGCCAAAGUCCACUGUGCUCCUGGACACCACUACAACUCCAGUAACCACCGCUGUAUCCGCUGCCCAGCCGGUACCUACCAGUCAGAGUUUGGACAGAACUACUGCAUCACCUGCCCUGGCAACACCACCACCGACUUUGACGGAGCCACCAACGUCUCUCACUGCAAAAACCAGGUGUGUGGGGGUGAGCUGGGAGACUUCACAGGCUUUAUUGAGUCUCCUAACUACCCCGGGGACUACCCGUCCAAUGUAGACUGUAUCUGGACCAUCAACCCCCCCCACAAGAGACGCAUCCUCAUCGUGGUGCCUGAGAUCUUCCUCCCCAUCGAAGACGAGUGUGGAGACGUGCUUGUCAUGAGGAAGAGUGCCCUGCCCACCUCCAUCACCACCUAUGAGACGUGUCAGACGUACGAGCGACCAAUCGCCUUCACCUCCCGCUCACGCAAGCUCUGGAUCCAGUUCAAGUCCAAUGAGGGCAACAGUGGCAAGGGCUUCCAAGUCCCCUAUGUCACCUAUGAUGAGGACUACCAGCAGCUGAUAGAGGACAUUGUCCGGGACGGCAGACUCUACGCAUCAGAGAAUCACCAAGAGAUACUGAAAGAUAAAAAACUGAUCAAAGCCCUGUUUGAUGUUCUGGCUCACCCCCAGAACUACUUCAGGUACACGGCACAGGAGUCCAAAGACAUGUUCCCCCGCUCGUUCAUCAAGCUGCUGCGCUCCAAAGUCACACGGUUCCUACGGCCGUACAAAUAAACUGCUCCGCCCCCUGUUUGUUACCCAGACGCUUACCCCUUAUGCUUAUCCAACGCCCCCUUUCCACCAUCUACUCCUCCCUACCCUUCACCUACGUCAUUACCCCUGUCAACAUCCCCAUAUGUCUUCUAAUCCCCACGUCUAUACCCCUACGUCUCUCCUACAACCCCCCCGCCAAUCUAUCCCUCUCUUCUACACCCCCUCUACUCUGAAACACUUCUUCUACACCCCCUCUACUCUGAAACACUUCUUCUACACCCCCUCUACUCUGAAACACUUCUUCUACACCCCCUCUACUCUGAAACACUUCUUCUACACCCCCUCUACUCUGAAACACUUCUUCUACACCCCCUCUACCCUGAAACACUUCUUCUACACCCCUAUACUUCUCUUACACCCCCAACUCUACCAAGAGUUCCUCGUGCUCGCUAUCCCAGCAUUCCCUGCACAGGAACAGAGAACCGUCUCUCCCUCUUUUGUCUUUUUGUCUGCAGUCCUCAUUUCCAGCUUUUCCCCUGUACUUCUGUUUUGGUUUGGUUUGUUUUUCUGUUGUUGUUGUUGUUGUCGUUUUGGUUAUAUUUAUAUGUGUUAGAACUUGCAGAAGCCCACAACAUGGAUGUUUGAUAUAUAUGUACGUACAGACAUGUUGGCUACAAGUAAAAAAUGUAUGUGUAUGUAUAUUUGUGUUUGUGUGAGCAUACGUACGUAUGUGCACGUAGAUGGUGUGCGAGAGUGACGUCACACGCAGGUACAUUGAUGUAUCUUUAUUUUGUUAUUUUAAAAGGCCCCUGGCGUGCACAAAAAACGAUUGGUGCACUUAAAUCAUAUUUUACAUCAACAUUUUCACAUGGGAAAUGAUUUCUAAAGACAUUUCUGAUUUCAGCAUCCCAGACCAUUCCACCUCAAACUGAGUACAGUGAACGAAUAAGUUUGAUUUUCAAAAAAGUCACUUUUUUAUUUUAUUUUUAAAGAUAUAUAACAAGAUGAAAAAACUACCUGCAAGUAACAGACGUUACUAUAGAGAGUAAUGUAUGUGAUGUAACUAAUAUUUGGAACUUUAAUUGCACUUGAAUUUUAUAUUGUAAACUGUAGAAAAAAAUCUAAGUUACAUUAUUCCUUAUGUUUUGUGUUGUAUAGAAAUGUUUCACCUUGGUUGUAGCAAAGAGAGAGACAAAAAUAUGUCCCGUUUUGUUCUCACAACAAAAAACCCAGCAUUCAAUAUCUUUAGACAGACACCGUCAAAUCCACCCAUUUGGCCUGAAAAGCAGUAUUGCCAGUAAGUAAUCAUUUAAAGGGAAAUGUCCUUAACGACCCACUACUAUUUUAGUUGUGUGUGCUCCCAUCUCCUAACUCUGCCUCAUCCCUUUAAGACCCUCCUGACUAGCUGCCAGAGGAAAGGGGUGUUUUGUGUAAAGCUUCUUUAAUGAUGGCACUAAGUGCACACUCAAAACCACCUGCUUUUUACAAGUGUCCACUCUCAAUCUGUCCUAUUUGGACUUCUCCCAGUUUCUGUAAGUCAUCAACCUAGACUGUUGAUUUAAUAUCUAUAACACAUCUGUUAGUUUGUUUAUAUUUCUGCACAAUGCAAGUGGAGAAAAUAUGUAUUGUAUGAUGACGAGACUGUUGAUUUGGAGUAGUAGCAGAGAGACAGAUGUCUGUUUGAAAGUAUUGUGAUGUCUAUGAGAGUAUCUGUAUGUACAUAGCACUUGCAACUGUAACCAUAACCCAGAAAGAGCCCAAUCUGACCUCAAGUAGUAAAACGUUCUGACAAAAUAUCACUUUCAUUGUUCUCCCCCUUGUAACACUCUCCCAGCAGAGUCUGUCUAAGCAAUAAGGCCCGAGGGGGUGUGGUAUAUGGCCAAUAUACCAAGGCUAAGGGCUGUUCUUAGUCACGACGCAACGCAGAGUGCCUGGACA